AUGUCCUCCUUCUAUCCCGAUGAGCUCACGCGGAUGUAUGUAUUCAGGCAACUGCUCCGCGACUACGGUAUUAUACUCGAUGUUGCUAUGGUUGGCUCGACAAAAUGUCCGACAGACGGACAUCUUUUGUCCCACAACGGAAAGUUUGUGCAGGUGAUAUCGGAGGUGAAGAGCGAGAUCGGAAGCGGCGGUGCCGAACCAUUCGCGGAGGCAAUGUUGUACUACCGCAAGUUUAUGGAAGACUCGAAGAUUGAGAUAGUGAGGCUUCGGUCUGUGAUUCCAUGCAUCCAUAUCAUUGUGUUCGGCGCCUGCAUUGGCUUUGCUGGCUCUGUUUUCAUUGAAAAGGUCCAAUGUGAUGUCCUGGCCCCUAUCAUUCCUCUGUUUUGUCAUAUAACAGACCUCCCUAUGCAAGCGAUGGCGGCUCGUACUUUCGGAGCUCUGAAAAUCGCCACCGAGAAACUCACAAAGCUGUACUCCCAACCAAUUCCGCGCCUCACAGCCGAAGAUGCAUCUCUAGGAUGUCCCUAUCCUCGGAGUUAUACCUAUUCAAGCGGUCAAAUUCAGGAAUUUUCGUAUGAUGAAACUCAGAGGCUCAGGGAUCGACUUAUCUUCUUCGGGGAAACGGUCGGCGAUGCGGCUGGGAGGAAGAUUUGUAUCAAGUUCGUCAGGUACUAUUCCCGUGAGGCCCACGACUUCUGUGCCAGCAAGGGACACGCUCCGGAACCUAUCGCCUACAAACCUUUAGCCGGCGGCUGGAAUAUGGUGAUUAUGGAUGCGCUUGAUAUUGAUGAUGGUUACUUUGCGCAACGGCCUGGCUCAUAUCGACCGCUGAAUGCGAUGGCUGUUUUGGACCGCCAGCCGCUGAAGGAGGCCAUCACGUCUCUUAUCGAGGAGUUACACACUGGCGGCUACGUUCAUGGCGACCUUCGGGAUAAGAAUUUCGUUGUGAGAGACAAUAAAGACUUCAUGCUGCUCGAUUUCGAUUGGGCUGGACCGAUCGAAAAGGCCCGUUAUCCUAUGCAUGUUAAUCGGACGGAUAUUCGACGUCCUGAUGGUGCGUGGGAUGGGGAGAAGAUUGUGGCGAAGCAUGACUUGGAUAUGCUGAAGUAUCUAUUUCAUACUGAGGAAGAUGGUCGGGAGAAGGCUGCAAAGCGCCCCCGUAUUUCUACUGGUGAGGAGUUGACAAUAGGCAUGACAUGAUUG